AUGGUGCCGCCGCCUCCUCCGAGCCGGGGAGGAGCAGCCAAGGGGCAGCUGGGCAAGAGCCUGGGGCCGCUGCUGCUACUCCUGGCGCUGGGACACACGUGGACCUACCGAGAGGAACCCGAGGACCGCGACAGAGAAGUGUGCUCGGAAAACAAGAUCACCACAACCAAAUACCCGUGUCUGAAGUCUUCGGGCGAGCUCACCACGUGCUUCAGGAAAAAAUGCUGCAAAGGAUAUAAAUUUGUUCUUGGACAGUGUAUUCCAGAAGAUUAUGACAUUUGUGCCCAAGCUCCGUGUGAACAGCAGUGUACGGAUAACUUCGGCCGUGUACUAUGUACAUGCUACCCAGGAUACCGAUAUGACCGUGAGAGACACCAAAAGCGGGAGAAGCCGUACUGCCUGGAUAUUGAUGAAUGUGCCACCAGCAACACCACUCUGUGUGCACAUACCUGCAUCAACACCAUGGGCAGCUAUCACUGUGAGUGUCGGGAGGGCUACAUCCUUGAGGAUGAUGGGAGGACCUGCACGAGGGGAGACAAAUACCCCAACGACACUGGGCAUGAGGAGAAGUCUGAGAAUGAGGUGAAAGCUGGGACCUGCUGUGCCACAUGCAAGGAGUUCUCCCAGAUGAAGCAGACAGUACUGCAGCUGAAGCAGAAGAUUGCUCUGCUCCCCAACAAUGCUGCUGAACUGGGCAAGUAUGUCAAUGGUGACAAGGUGCUGGCCUCAAACACCUACCUUCCAGGACCUCCUGGCCUGCCUGGGGGGCAGGGCCCACCUGGCUCACCAGGACCCAAGGGGAGCCCUGGAUUUCCCGGUAUGCCAGGCCCUCCUGGACAGCCAGGCCCACGGGGUUCAAUGGGACCUAUGGGACCAUCCCCUGACCUGUCUCAUAUUAAGCAAGGCCGGCGGGGCCCUGUGGGUCCACCAGGAGCACCAGGAAGACAUGGCUCCAAGGGGGAGAGAGGAGCACCUGGGCCCCCAGGGUCUCCGGGACCCCCGGGUUCUUUUGACUUCCUGCUGCUUGUGCUGGCGGACAUUCGAAAUGACAUCACAGAGCUGCAGGAGAAGGUGUUCGGACACCGGACUCACUCUUCUGCUGAGGACUUCCCCCUACCUCAGGAAUUCUCCAGCUACCCAGAGACACUGGACUUUGGGUCUGGAGAUGACUACUCAAGAAGAACUGAAGCAAGGGACUCCGAGGCCCGCAGAAACUUUUAUCCAUAGCAUAUCUAUAUGUUCACACCACCAGAAGAGAAGCAUGCCUUUGGCCUUCCCUUUACUCUGUUUCCAAACCCUGUUUUCCAAGUUUCCUGCGCAUCACAUUAGCAAUGGGAGGAUGUGAUGGGUUAACCUGCUGGUCUUGAAGAACCAAUAGGUGGUUGACAUCAGGGCUUUCUUUGACAUCCUAGUUUUUCAAGAGCUUUUGGAUUUCUGGGUUCAUGGCUCCCAUGGAAUCUUAAACUUUGGCAGAGUGCAAAAGAGGGGGGAAUGGCAAUGUGGGUUCUUAGACUUGUAAGGUUCCUUCUACAAAGAUAAUUAUGUUCAAAUACUUGACCAUUCAUUCUCUACUGUCAGGAAUAAGGCUUUUCAUUUGUGGGGGGAGGGUGUGGAAGGAGCAACUGUGGAGAAUGACAUUGGUAGAACAUGAAUUUCCUUAUCAAUGUCACAGAUUUAAAAUUCUGCAUCCUAUUUUCCAGC